GAAUGGGAGUGAGUGAAACCAUGACUGCCGCCUCAUUCAAGUUCUGUCUUGCGCUACUCUUCGUGCUCUCGAUUACGGGAGUCACAGUGGUGACCGGGCAAAGAAGUGGUCUGCUUGCCAAGCUUUUUAGGCAGUAUAUGCAUCACCGUAGGGGUGGAGCAUCUUCCCAUCAUCACAACAUACUGCCAGAGGCUACCGCGGAUUUGGUUGCACCAUUGGCAGCACAUGUAGUCAAAUGAUACACGGGUUCGUCCGCUCCAGUAUGGUCAUGGUCUGUUUGACAAUAUUUUGCACGAAUUAAAAAUUUUGCGCUUCCAACGCCACUGUUUUUCGCACCUUUUGGGUCACUGCUAUUUACAUAAUGGUAUUGUGUAACCCAAG